AUGCCUCUCUCUUUCUCUUCGGCUCCGAGUCUGGAGAGAAUCAUCGGCCGCGCAUGUCUUCUAGGGGCAUCACGUAUCGCCGAACUGGCUCGGUUCCGUCAACCGGGUUCCGGUGUUGAUCUCGCAGACUGUGUUCAUCGCAUCCUGACUAUAACACCUAGUCCAGGGUAUAGCCAGAGAGAUGCUGUUACUUUAGAAGAGGCCGACGAGCUCCUGCACUCGCUCGCCUCAAAAGUGAGAUGGAGUUCCCCCUCGAUUCGCGCUUCGCAGGUCAGUAUGACCGCGAGCAACAGAACGGAUGUUGAGCUCAUGUACAGAAGGCUGAGCGCAGUAGAAGCCAAGUGGUUUACAAGGUUGAUUCUCAAAAGCUAUCAACCACUAGUAUUAGACCCGCAUCUCAUAUACCGUCUUUGCGACCCUCUUCUUCCUUGCGUUCUCAAGGUUCAAGACGACUUUGCUACUGCGAUCACUACUGCACAAACUUUGCGAAGGGGAUUACUCCCAAAUUCUGGACAGCAGACGCCGCGUGAGCAAAUCAUGAGCACGGUAAAACCUCAACUGGGUAUCAAGAUUGGGCGACAGCCUUGGAUUAAAGGCCGCAGUAUUAAGCAUUGCUUGGAUAUGGGACACGGGCGUAUGAGUGUGGAGGAAAAGAUCGAUGGCGAGUACUGCCAAAUCCAUAUAGACCCAAGUAAAGGAGAUCGAUGCAUCCAGAUAUUUUCCAAGAGCGGCAAAGACAGCACUGAAGACAGGGUUGCACUUCAUGGGAAGCAUGUAUCGCGGAGAGAAGACCAGUCACUGAUCAACCUAAGGCACUCGGAGAGAUUCAGAUUUCUGUCGAAUGUCGUAUGUUGUCGUAAAGGAUGGGCGGAACUGGUCCCUCGACAAGUUGUCGAUUUUUGCCAACCAAUUGGCGCAUCGACCUUACGCAAAACGUUUGCCUUGUCCAUCUUGGCUCGAAAAGAAGGCCUCAUCUUGAAACCGGAUGAGCCCUACUUUGACUUCAAAGACCAACGACGGAAAUUUUCGAUUUGCUGCAUCAAACUUAAGAAAGAGUACAUUGGGAACUUUGGAGAUGUUGGCGACUUUGCAGUUGUUGGGGCCAAGGAGGUUGUUACCUACUCAAACCCAGAGCCCGUUGCCCCGGCAGAUAACAAGGCGACCGUCCUCAAGCAAGCCCCCGGCGUUGAACAAGGGUCACCCCCGACUGCUAUAUUCACCAGACCGCUGGUGUUUGACCUUAAAUGCUUCAGCUUUGAUAGAGUGUGCAACACUGGAUUUUGGAGCCUGCGAUUUCCUUCGGUGACAAAAGUCCACUUUGAUCGGGAUUUUACUGAUACAAUAUCCUUUGAACAGUUGCAAAAGCUGGCUAAGGAUGCGACUACAGCGGCCGAGCUGGAGGAUAAUCAGGAGAACUUACAAUGGAUUGCCAAGCUAGAGGCAGCAGACCCGCGUGGUGUUGCAGUUGAUGCUGCUAGCCAGUUGACAGUGACAACUAUGCCAACACCAUCACCUCGAAAGUCAACACAGAAUACCACCUCUACAUGGUCUCCCGCUUCUUCCCUAGCAAAAAGAUCACCCGUGGGCAAUAUCAUCAGCCCUUGUCGUGAUAGAUUGGAAAGAUUGCGCCCUUUGUUUCUAUCCACUGCCGCAGCCACAUUACCUACAACCGCUGCACCACUUGCGUCGCCCACCGAGCACCGAGCACAGAAACAUGAUCCGCUCAUUGUACAGCAAGCAUCACCGCAUAAACGCCCGAGGCUAGACAGUGAAUCACCACCAAAACACAAACACAUCCCCGAGAGCACAAACAAUUAUCAACCGCGCGGACCUCUCACCGGUAUUGAUGACAACCCGCGAUCUCAGCCCGUCAUGACUACUUGCGCAUCUCCUUCUACCUCUUUCGCUUCUGACGAUCCUAACUCGGAUGAAAAUGAUGCUUCCAUAUUUGUGGCAGACUUCGACUGUGAGGAUGACAUUCGUUCUGGGAAUGAUCUCGAGACCGAAACAGAACUUUGCCGCGAUAUACCAGCCAAAAAGAUCUUUGUUACCAACCCGCAUAUCUGCGCCUAUGCGGGCGAGAACUGUGUAUUUGCGAAGGCAGAGAUGUUGAUUUCACCUGGACUUCUCAGCAAUUCGAAAGCCAGGACACUCCUCGAGCUUCAUGGGAUUGGCAAUCCGGUCGAGAAAAUUGAUGCUUGGCUCAAGAGGGAGCAGUCAGGCAAACUCAAAAAGACAAAGAACAGCGCCAAGAUUUUCCUUUUGUGCCAAUCAGACGACAAAGAGGCAACAAAGUUCCUCUUUGACAAAAUCCAGAAAGUACGAGAGACUAUCCCGCACGAACGACAGAACUGGAUUAAUGUUUACGACUGGCGUGUUCUGCAUCAUGUGACAAUCCAGGAAGAUGACGCUGUCCAACCCAAAUAUUACGAUGGGUUCCAUACCCCGUGGGAGCGCUGGCGCAUCGGACCUGGACUUAUCUGA